CGUCAUCGGAAAGGCUUUUUUUGUUGUUAAUUUUUGUUCAUUAACUUAUUUUGAUCACUUCGGAUGGCCACUGUACUCGAUUGCCAGUUAACAAACCUGUAUUUAUAUACAUUAAGGCUUGCGAACGCUCAUCAAACAUGGUUGCUACAGCUAACUGGCUAACACAAAAGCUACAGUUUGGUGACGUUGAGCAAGGAGGCGGACCUGUUCCAUGUGGCGCGUGAUUGGAUUUUAGGCAGGAUCGUAAGAGCUAGUAACCUUCCAGAACCAGUGAUGAACAGGAUAAGGAUCCACGUGUUGCCGUCCAACAGGGGCCGAGUGACCCAGACCACCCGUACACAGGAGCCCCAGGCCUGCUCCUUCACACAAAGGCCCUGCUCCCAGCCCCGUCUUGAGGGUCUGGAGUAUUGUGUCAAACACAUCCUGGAGGACAAGAACGCCCCCUACAGACAGUGUAGUUAUGUGUCUAACAAGAAUGGAAAGCGCUGCCCAAAUGCAGCCCCUAAGGUUGAGAAAAAAGAAGGGGUGACCUUCUGUGCAGAACAUGCAAGGAGGAGCGCCAUGGCUCUCCAAGCCCAGCUGAGAAAGGCCUCAUCUGGUCCAUCUCCAGAGGCCCUCCUGUCUCAGCUAAGUGGAUACAACCGCUCUGAGACAGCAGGCCUGGAUAGUGGCCGAAGUGAAGCCAGCCGUAUUCUAGAUGAGGACAGCUGGAGUGAGGAGGAGCAGGGCCCACUAGUUCUGGACCAGACCUGGAGAGGAGAUCCAGACAGUGAAGCUGACAGCAUUGACAGUGACCAUGAGGACCCUCUGAAACAUGCUGGAGUGUACACCGCAGAAGAGGUUGCGCUGAUCACAAGGGAGAAGCUGAUCAGACUCCAGUCCCUCUACAUUGACCAAUUUAAACGCCUCCAGCACCUUCUCAAGGAGAAGAAGCGUCGCUACCUGCACAGCCGCAAGGUGGAGCACGAGAGCCUAGGUAGCAGUCUGCUGACGGGUCCUGAGGGGCUCUCCAUGAAGGAGAGGGAGAACCUGAGGAAACUGAAAGCCCUGCGUCGGUACCGCCGGCGGUAUGGGGUGGAGGCUCUGCUACACCGGCAGCUCCGAGAGAGAAGACAGGCCAUCACAGAAGGAGCUCCUCCUCAGGCCCACGUUGUGAGGUCGAGCCAGAGAUGUAUCUCCUAUGUGGAAGGGGUCCGCUGCUCGAACCAGUGUCUUCCGAUGACACGGCACUGCGUCUCUCAUAUCUACCAGGACAGUAAUCAAGUGCUGUUCAAGAUGUGUCCGGGGCUGAAAGAUGUUCCGUGUGAUCGACCGGUUCACAUGGGCCAGUCUGAGGAACCUCGCUGCCCCCUGCAUCUCUCGCUUCCACCCCCCAUGUACGAGCCUGAGCCAGAGACAGCCCUGGUCCCGGAACAGCUGGAUGGCUCACUACCCAAAGACAUGUACCUGAGUGCUGCGGAGCUACAGCCCACAGAGAGCCUGCCACUAGAGUUCAGCGACGACCUGGAUGUCGUAGGGUGUCCCCCGUCCCCUCUUAUGUUUGACACUGCCUUGGCCCUUGAGGAUCAGACCAUCAGGGCCAUCGCUGAGGCCCCCAUGGACAUAUUGACCGGGGCAGAGCUGGACGCCUCGGGACAGGAUGACUCGGCUGACAUGGAUCUCUCGGGGGGAGACAUGGAAUCUAUAGAAGACCAGAUGGUCUCCAGGGUAAUGGUGUGUGACGGCGACACGACGGAAAACUCGACAGAACUGGACCAUGUUGCUGCAGACACCUCCAGAUGAGAGUUACUUUAGCCCAUGUUUUUGUUGGUUUGAAAAGAUUAAUAAAUCUCUUUAAAAAUACAAAAUAAAAAGUGUUGAUUUGCAGUGACAGAGUUGAGCAAUACCAAACCAGGGUUUGACACAACAUGGUAGGUCAUAAAUCCUUGCACACCAUUGCCAACUGGCUACUGUUUAGGUCCUUGCAAAAUCAGUGGUCUUCAUCUUGCCAAUGAUAAUCGUGAGUCCUUAGGUGGGUCUCUGUUGCUUUUUCUUCAACAUAAUCUGUGUAGUUGCAUGGAUUAUAUCUGACAUACCUCAGUGUUGGUACACUAGAGAUUAAACACAAGCAGUGUUGGUUUCAAUAAACAUUUAACAAAAUAAAACAUU